AUGACCCCCCAGCCUGGGGCUGCUGCACAGUUCCCACCCCAGAAUGUGCAAUCCCAUCCCAAUCCCAUGUAUGGAAAUGGGGCUAACCAACCUGGGGCCUACCCACCACAAGCACCCCAACAAUCUCCAGCAAAAUUUCCUCCUGCAAGUCCAAGUACACCUCAUCAGGUUCGUUACCAGCAGCAGCAGCCGCAACAAGCACAAGCAGGGUACAUUAAUGUUAAUGCAGGCAAUGCCAAUGCCAUGCCUGAUAAUAAUUAUGCUGCUCAAGGGGUUCCAGUGCAGCAGCCUCAUUACCAGCCGGGACCUCUUAAUCAUAUCAACCUGCAGAAUGUUGGCACUGAGGGCUGGAGUUCUGAGUUAUUUGAUUGCAUGGAUGAUCCAAUGAAUGCUCUAACAACGGCUUUCGUUCCAUGCUUGACGUUCGGGCAGAUAGCAGAGAUUGUAGAUAACGGCACUACCUCAUGUGCCAUCAGCGGAUUGUUCUACGGGUUGAUUGCAAGUUUCCUUGGGGUACCAUUCAUAAUGUCAUGCACUUAUCGCACAAAGCUGCGGAGCAUGUUUAGGCUGGUGGAGGCCCCUGCACCCGAUUGGGUCACUCAUUUGUUUUGUGAACCCUGUGCUCUCUGCCAAGAAUAUAGGGAACUUCAGAUCAGAGGGAUAGAUCCUUCCAUAGGUUGGAUAGGAAAUUUGCAACGGAAUCCCAACUUGCAGCAGCAGCUGCGAGCUAACAUGAUGGCGCCUCCACCACCCCAAUAUAUGAAUCAUAAUUGUCAAUGACAAACAAAUAUGAUAUGAUAAUCGGUUUCAUGAGAAAUUGAAGCAAAUUAAUGUUUCUGAUCUCAUCAUCUUUGUUAUAAAUCUCAACCGUUUGCAGACCUUUGCGUUUUCUGUCAUCAAGGCCAGUAUUUUCUUUUUCUAUGUUAUUAUUUUCUUG